CUCCUGGCCUCCGAACGCUCGGAGGCGCUGUAAUCCCGGGGCGGGGGGGGGGGUUGCCUCCUGGGACGUGGGAGUUAACUGCGCAAGCGCACUCAAGGCUUUUCGUCCAUUUCCCCCGCCUCCGUCCCCACGUGUGAAUCUUCCCGGCAAAGUUUUGGAGGAAAAUGCCCAAAUUCAAGGCGGCUCGCGGAGCUGCGGGUCAGGAAAAACAUGCGCCUCUGGCUGAGCAGAUCUUGGCUGGGGACGCAGUGCGGGCAGGAUCCCGAGAAAAGCGGCGGGGUCGUGGGACCAGAGAAGAGGAGGAAGAGUAUGUGGGGCCCCGGCUGACCCGACGGAUCCUACAGCAAGCACGGCAGCAGCAGGAGGAACUCGAGACCGAACAUGGGACUGGGGACAAGCCCGCAGCGCCACGCGAGCGCACCACGCGGCUGGGUCCAGGAGUCCCGCAGGCUGGAUCAGAUGAUGAGGACGAGGAGUGGCCCACCCUGGAGAAGGCUGCCACGAUGAUGGGGGGAGACCAUCAUGCGGAGGUGGUCGUGGACCCUGAGGAUGAGCGUGCCAUUGAGAUGUUCAUGAACAGGAACCCUCCUGCUCGACGUACGCUGGCUGACAUCAUCAUGGAGAAGCUGACCGAGAAGCAGACGGAAGUUGAGACGGUUAUGUCAGAGGUGUCAGGCUUUCCCAUGCCCCAGCUGGACCCCCGGGUUCUGGAGGUCUACAGAGGAGUCCGGGAGGUGUUAUCCAAGUACCGCAGUGGGAAGCUGCCCAAGGCCUUCAAGAUCAUUCCUGCGCUCUCCAACUGGGAGCAGAUCCUCUAUGUAACGGAGCCCGAGGCCUGGACUGCAGCGGCUAUGUACCAAGCCACAAGGAUUUUCGCCUCUAACCUCAAGGAGCGCAUGGCUCAGCGCUUCUACAACCUCGUCCUGCUUCCCCGGGUACGAGACGACAUCGCUGAGUACAAACGACUCAACUUCCACCUGUACAUGGCACUCAAAAAGGCCCUGUUCAAGCCUGGAGCCUGGUUUAAAGGGAUUCUGAUCCCACUGUGCGAGUCGGGCACCUGCACCCUCCGGGAAGCCAUCAUCGUGGGUAGCAUCAUCACCAAAUGCUCCAUCCCGGUGUUGCACUCCAGCGCGGCCAUGCUGAAAAUUGCCGAGAUGGAGUACAGCGGGGCCAACAGCAUCUUCCUGCGCCUGUUGCUGGAUAAGAAGUACGCACUGCCCUAUCGCGUGCUGGACGCCCUGGUCUUCCACUUCCUGGGCUUCCGGACGGAGAGGCGUGAGCUGCCUGUGCUCUGGCACCAGUGCCUCCUGACUUUGGUGCAGCGCUACAAGGCCGACCUGGCCACAGAGCAGAAGGAGGCCCUCAUGGAAUUGCUUCGGCUGCAGCCCCACGCGCAGCUGUCCCCCGAGAUCAGGCGUGAGCUUCAGAGCGCGGUGCCCCGAGAUGUGGAAGAUGUGCCUGGCACCAUGGAGUGAGGACAGUGAUUUACCCUGGUCUGAGGGACAUGAGAGGACACCAGGAUUCCCUGUUGGUGACACAGAGCUUUUACAGCUGAAGUCUCCAGAUCUGGACAGUGUGAGAGUGACUCCUGACACCUGACAGGGAGGACUGGAGGGUUUGGCCAGCUCCCUCUUCCAUUCUAGGUCUUCAUCCCUACUCAGUUCUGAGACCCGAUUUGAGGUGCCCCACGCCAGCGUUCCCACUCCCUGGCUGGGCAUGGAAUAGGUUCUUUGUCUCAGGCUGUUUUCACGUCACUGGGAUGCGGAUAAAAACCAAAGGCAGGUAUUUAUUGAACUUCUGUGUUUUAAUGUGAUCAAUGGAGAACUUUUUGCUUUCCCUCUUUAGCUGGAGGGAAGCUCUUCCCUCCCUGUUCCUAUCCAGUAGAAGAUUUUUUUUUAUUUCCUUUAAGAUUUUAUUUAUUUAACAGAAAGAGAGAGAGAGCAAGAGCGGGAACACAAGCAAGGGGAGUGGGAGAGGGAGAAUCAGGCUCCCCACUGAGCAGGGAGCCCGAUGCAGGGCUCAAUCCCAGGACCCCGGGAUCAUGACCCGAGCCGAAGGCAGAUGCUUAACGACUGAGCCACCCAAGCGUCCCUACGGAUGGGUUCUAAACAGUUCACAGAGGAUACUUCCCACCCCCCCUUCACCUUCUCCAGUUUGUGUCUCCAGGUAGAGCCUUCACAGAGGCAGAGGCUACUUUGGGGGAAUGCCGUCGACCAGGAAGUGGUUCCAAAGACGGUCCUGUCUCAGCUGUGGGUGGACUGCCGUGGGAGAAAGGCCCUGAACUGGAGCUAGAGUGAAUAAUACGGUCAGGUCCCGGGAUGAGUAGAUCCGGAGUCACCCCCAGACAGGUUCCCUUUCUUGGCUACUUAAAGCUUUAGACCAGGGAUUGGCAAACUAUAGAGUCAUAGGCCGGUUUCCUUUCAGUCCAUGAGCUAAUCAUGAUUUUUACAUUUUUUUAAAUGAUCAGGGAAAAAAUUAACAGUAUUUUGUGAUAGGUGAAAAUUACAUGAAAUUCAGAUUUCAGUGUCCACAAGUAAAGUUGUUUUGGGACACAGCCAUGCCUAUUUGGUUUUUAUGGGUGCUUUCAUGCUACCGCAGCAGAGUUGAGUAAGGUUGGACCUUGAAGAGUGCAGGGUUAAGGGCGCCAACCCCCUCAUGUAGCCAAAAAUCUGUGUGUAAAACUUUUGACUCCCCAAACAUAACUACCACUAGCCUCCUGUUGACCAGAAUCCGCCUUACUGAUAACAUGAGCCGUCAGCUAACACGUUUGGUAGGUUAGAUGUCAUAUGUACAGUAUUCCUACAGUAAAGUAAGCCAGAGAAAAGGAAAUGUUAAGGAAAUUGUGAGAGAAAAUACAUUUACAGUACUGUACUGCUUAUGAAUACCCAGGUUUAUACAUCUAUUGAAAAAAAUCUGCAUGUAAGUGGACCUGCCCAGUUCAGUCCAAUGUUGUUUAAGGGUCAGCUGUACAGUCCUUCCAGAACCCUUCCUGUUUGCAUUUGGUGAAUUCGUUCCAACCCAGUUAAUGUAUUUAGAGAGAAAUUGAUCACGAAUUUCGCAUUUAUCUGCAGUUGUGUCUUUGAGAAACACUUCAUGAAAACUGCCCAGGGGCGCCUGGGUGGCACAGCGGUUAGGCGUCUGCCUUCAGCUCAGGGCGUGAUCCCGGUGUUAUGGGAUCGAGCCCCACAUCAGGCUCCUCCGCUGUGAGCCUGCUUCUUCCUCUCCCACUCCCCCUGCUUGUGUUCCCUCUCUCGCUGGCUGUCUCUGUCUCUGUCAAAUGGAUGGAUAAAAUCUUUAAAAAAAGAAAAGAAAACUGCCCAGCUGAGGCAAGCCAGACACUACAGAAUGCACAGGCUUCAGUCACCAGCGCUACCUCAGUUUACCUUGUGUGGAGAAGCACACCCACAUCUGGUGUCAUAGCUUGCCUUGCACAGCCCUCUGACCUCUGCUUCCACAACACACACACACACACACACACACACACACACACACACACACACGUACUUCAGGUCUUUUUCAAGAUAAAGGGCCAUAUUGUAGUGUAUAUGUUUCUUAACUAUUUAAAGUAAAAACUAGGCUGUCCACUUCA